AUGCUGGUGGAACACGCGGCACAGUGGACCUGGCAAGCUAUGGGAGGCACGAGAAUCGAGGUCCUCUACACGUUACUCGUGUUCCUCGCUGUGUUGUUGGUGGCGAGAUGUCUGCAAUGGCUCAAGUACGUGCGUUCUUUGCCCCCGGGCCCUUGGGGCGUACCUGUGUUCGGUUAUUUGCCAUUUCUCAAAGGUGACGUUCACCUACGGUACGGCGAACUCGCGAAAAAGUACGGUCCGAUGUUCAGUGCCCGAUUAGGAACGCAGCUCGUUGUCGUUCUCAGCGAUCAUCGCACUAUUCGCGACACGUUUCGCCGAGAGGAGUUCACUGGAAGACCGCAUACAGAGUUCAUCAAUAUCCUCGGCGGAUAUGGUAUUAUCAACACCGAGGGUGCUAUGUGGAAAGACCAAAGAAGAUUCCUUCAUGAUAAACUCAGAAGCUUCGGCAUGACCUAUAUGGGCGGCGGGAAGAAAAUUAUGGAAUCGAGAAUUAUGCGCGAAGUCAAGACGUUCCUUCGUAGUCUGGCGUCAAGACGGGGCGCGCCGAUGGACGUUUCCGCCUCUCUCGGAAUGUCCAUCAGCAACGUGAUCUGCUCGAUCAUAAUGGGGGUGCGUUUCCAACACGGCGACGCCAGGUUCAAACGGUUCAUGGACCUGAUCGAGGAGGGGUUCAAGCUGUUCGGCAGCAUGGUCGCGGUGAACUUCAUCCCCGUGAUGCGUUAUCUGCCGUGUCUGCAGAAGGUCCGCAACAAGAUAUCGGAGAAUCGUUCGGAGAUGGCCGACUUCUUCCAGGAGGCGGUCGACCAGCACCGCGCGACUUUCGACAAGGGCACCGUGCGCGAUUUGGUCGACGCGUACUUGCUCGAGAUCGAGAAAGCGAAGGGCGAGGGUCGUGCGGCGUCGCUCUUUCAAGGAAAGAAUCACGAUCGCCAGAUGCAACAGAUCCUCGGCGAUUUGUUCUCCGCCGGCAUGGAAACCGUCAAAACCACGCUGGAAUGGGCGAUGAUCUUGAUGCUCCAUCACCCAGAAGCGGCGAUCGCGGUGAGGGAGGAAUUGGAUCAGGUGGUGGGACGAUCGAGGAUGCCCGCCCUGGAGGAUCUACCUUUCCUGCCGAUCACCGAAGCCACGAUAUUCGAAGUGCUCCGAAGGUCGAGCGUUGUACCCUUGGGAACCACUCACGCGACUACACGGGAAGUGACGUUACACGGUUAUACGAUACCGGCUGGAUCGCAAGUGGUGCCGUUGCUGCACGCGGUACACAUGGAUUCGGAACUUUGGGAGGAGCCCAAGGAGUUUCGACCGAGUCGAUUUCUCUCGGCCGAAGGUAAAGUCCAGAAACCGGAAUACUUUAUGCCUUUCGGUGUCGGCAGACGUAUGUGCCUGGGCGAUGUGUUGGCACGCAUGGAAUUAUUCCUGUUCUUCAGCUCGUUGAUGCACAUGUUCGAGCUGAGAUCGCCGGAGGGUGCGUCCUUGCCGAGCUUGCGCGGUAAUGCCGGUGUGACCGUCACGCCCGAUCCGUUUGACGUUUGUUUAUUACCGAGAAAUCUCGAGCUCAUCGAAGACGCGAGCAACGAUCCGAUUUCCUUCGCCGCCGUAUUGCGGAACAUCGGCAGUCAUUGAAGGCUCGCGAUUAAACUUUACACGCUCCACAAGGACCAACGGAGCACGGUAGUCGUUCCUAACGCGACCCGACCCGACCCGACCCGAUCCGAUUCGAUCCCGAUCCUGAUCGUACAUCGCCCAAGCAAAAGGUUCAUCCUAUUAUACAACGUUAUGAUAGAUUCGGUUCAUGGCCCUACAGGAUCCCCCCCCCCCCUCCCCUCCCUCCCCCUCUCAACGUUCAUUACUUCUCUUAUCGUCCCUUUCGCGUCAUUACUUCCCGAUUCGUAAUUCCCGCGUUUACCAGCCGAGCGCUUUCAUCUCAUUCCCUAUUUAUUAGCGUUUAGUCAUUAACUGUUUAAAGAUUUAGCGAACACGAAUAUUGGAUCGAACGACCGACCGUUUAGUACGAUACGCCAAUAACAAUCGUGACGUUGUCUCCGACCCGACAGGAGACAAAACUUGUAAAUAAUGAUACCAGCAAUAACAA